GGUCGCAGGUUCGCAGCUUCCGUGAAGGUGUCUGGGCGGAAAAUUCCAAGUCAUCUGAACGCAAAACGAAUUUAUCUUCUCCUUCGCAUCAGAUUGUCGCCAAUCCUUUGCGGCAAUUCGGGUUUGUUGUAAUUCUGGAGAGAGAAGAGAGAGAGGUUUGGGGAAAUUGAAUCAUGGGUCUCUUGGCUUAUGCCGUUGCUGGUGGGGGGUUUACCGUCAUGGGCGCGUGGGAGUCACUCGACUCCUCGAAUCCGGAUCCAACCCUGUCUCCUGGUACGGACCCUUCUUCCCCUUCGACCCAGAUCAGGCCUUCUUCGGUUUCUGCGGUACCAAAACCCGUGCGAUCGUCUUCCGUCGCCGUAGCUCUGUUUUCGUCUCUCUUUGUAGUAAACUCCAUUUUCUCCUUCUUCAGUUCUUUCGGAUCCCACGAUCGAGUCGGGUCGGUGCUCCAGUUGCAGAUCCUGGCGAUCGCAGCUUUGUUCCUGGGAUACUCCAUUCUAGGCUUUCUGGUCAACUCCAAAAACGCUGCCUUUACUCUUCCGUCUUCGGUUACAAGUCUGAUACUUCUGUUCGGCUUCAUCGAAGAAUUCUUGCUGUUCUACUUGCAAAGGAAGGAUACGUCCGGAAUCGAGAAUCGAUACUACGAUCUCAUGCUCGCGCCCAUCGCGAUCUGUGUGUUCUCGACGGUUUUAGAGCUGAAAUCCGAGACGAAGGCGCAUCGUUUCGCGAAAUUGGGUCGCGGGAUCGGUCUGAUUCUGCAAGGAACGUGGUUUCUGCAAAUGGGGGUAUCGUUUUUCACCGGUUUGAUUGCCAGUGGCUGCUCAUUGCACGAGAAGAGCCGAGGGAAUUUCACGAUCAAGUGUAAAGGACACGACGAGUAUCACAGAGCAAGGGCUAUAGCAACGCUUCAGUUCAACUGCCAUUUGGCUCUAAUGGUCGUUUUAGCAACCGGGUUGUUCUCUAUUAUGGCUAACAAGUACGGAUAUAGCCGUGAGGAUCUCUCAAAUUAUCGACCGCUCGGAGGUGAGAUGACCCAGAUGGAGAAUUUAAGUUCUUUCACUCUGGAUUCUGACGAGGAAGACGAGAUUCGGGAAGAGAGCGCAGUGGCUAAGAAGGAGGAUACGGGUUUGAAUGGCUUUGGCUCACACGAUUGAGGGUACAAAGCAAAGUUCAUGCCUUUCUUUUGCAUUUGAUCGUUUUGGAAAUGCUGUCGGUAUAUGGGAGGAUUCACUUGAUAUGUACAACGGUUCUAUUCAUGUUCUAAAGCUUCUACUCUGAUGGUUGUCAGCAUGAAACAUCAAAUGUUAACUUUGUUCUUUUUCUCUGAUGUUGAAUGGAGAAGACUAACGUUCUGA